CAGUUAUUUGUUGACUGCUGAAGUGAUCGGAUUCAUUUUGGUUUUCGGCUAUUUACUUUCAAUUCGAAUUGUGUGUGUGCGCUCUUCUUCUUUCAUCUAUUUCUCUCCGACAAAAAUUUGAUAUCAGCUUUUGCGAAGUGCAAACGAAUCGUCGUAACAGUACCUACUGCCACAACUUCACGGUUUCAACAGCCAGUGAACAAAAAUAUUCUUGAUGCGCAACAAGUUGUUUGUGAACAAAACGAAAAGUUUUCCACAAUCGACUCAAAAAAGGAAGAAAAUAAAAGCCUAAUCUAAAACACCGACUUUGACAAAGCAGUGCGAAUAUAAUUUCCAAUUCACCCAUCCAACUGAAGUGUACUCAAAGCGAACGUUGUAAAUCAAAAGAGAAAUGGCAACGUCGACACAUUCUUUCGAUAAUACUGAUUAUGCAUCGAUCACAUGUACACAGACGCCACCACAAACGGUACAAAUCCUUUGCAAAUGCAAACGAAGCAAUCAAUCAAAGGAAGUCGAUAGUGUAAUAAAAAUCCGAUGUAGUGAAAAAAAUUGCAUCAAUCGAAUGGAGUCGAAUGGUAAUGGUUUUGUCGAUGAAUAUGAAUGGGCAACAAAGGAAACAAGAUAUCCAGAUGGCACAGUUAAACUUCGUAAUCCACAUAUCGAACUCAUGGACCAGGAUAUUCUGUACCAUUUGGCACUGGGUAGCGGAAGCCAUGAUCUUAUCGAAAUGUUUGGUGAUGUUAGGUUCGUUUGCAUGGGCGGCACACCAAAGCGAAUGGAGAACUUUGCCCAUUUCAUAAUGAGCGAAAUUGGUUAUAAACUACCAACCGGCACACAAUUAUCUGAUAUUAGUGCAUUUUCGUAUCGGUAUUCAAUGUACAAGGUUGGUCCAGUAUUGUGUGUCAGUCAUGGUAUGGGAGUUCCAUCGGUCGGAAUAUUAUUGCACGAAAUGAUCAAAUUAAUGUAUCAUGCCAAAUGUAAAGACCCAAUCUUCAUUCGAAUCGGAACAUGCGGUGGAAUUGGUGUCGAAGGUGGCACUGUCAUCAUCACCGAUGACGCUAUUGAUGGCUUAUGCCGAAGCACCUUUGAACUGCCCAUAUUAGGUAAACUAGUACAGCGACCGACAAAAUUGGAUAAGAAAUUGGCGCGUGAAUUGAAAUGUUUAUCUGAUCCAACGAUGGACCCAUACGAUACGGUGAUCGGAAAAACAAUGUGCGCUAAUGACUUCUAUGAAGGUCAAGGACGAUUGGAUGGUGCGUUCUGUGAUUUUACUGAAAAUGAUAAAAUGGAUUAUCUGGCGAAAUUGCAUGAUUUCGGUGUGAUCAACAUCGAAAUGGAAUGUACAAUCUUUGCGGCACUGACAUAUAAUGCCGGCAUUCGUUCAGCCAUCGUGUGUGUUGCACUGUUAGACCGUUUGAAAGGGGAUCAGGUCAACACGCCAAAGGAGGUGAUGCAUGAAUGGCAACAGCGUCCACAAGUAUUGGUUUCCCGUUUGAUUAGAAAGCAUUUGGCGUUGGAUGACACUAUGAAGAAACCGCUGAUAGCCAAUAGCUCGAUCUGUUCACCCAGACGCUUUAAACUAGUUCAACAAGAGUCUGAAGCUCACGAAUAAAUUCCAAACGUUCACCACUCUCAUCAACUAACUAUAUAUAUAUAUAUAUAUAUAUAUAUAUAUGCAACUUUCUCUAUAUUUUUGUCGUUAUGUUCACAAUUUUUGUCUAUAACAAAUGAAACAAAACUAGAAAAAAAAAGAAAAAAAAGUGAAAACAAACAAUUUUGAAAGAAUAUUGAUAAUUAUAGGUAAUGCAUAUUAAUAAGAUUGAUAUAUUGAUCAAAUUCAGUGAAAUAUUUCAUUUUUUUGGUUUUUUUUUCGAAAGACACCCAACUGCGAUUGGGAUAAAUGUGUUUUAUCUUUCGAUACAAUAAUACUAUUCAAUUGUCUUCAUUAGUCUAAAUUCGAUAUUAAUGGUUUUUUUUCUUUAAUUUAAUUGUACGUUAGCACAUUACUGUCAUUUGAUUUUCUUGACAAUAAUUUUUCUGUGCACUUUAUUAAUCAAUAAAAUCGAAACGAAUGAACAUACGAAGAAACUACAAAUGCAAAUGAAACUCCGGUUCACACACAAAAGUGCCCGUAAGAAACUCCAAGUAUCAAAUGUAACAAGUGGCAUGGCUCUAAAAAUUUACAUUUAAAUUGAAUUAGUUGCUACUAAGUGGAAAAUGAAGAAGAACAUGAACAAUAUGAGCACAGGAGCACCAUUUUAUCGUUAUAUCAACACAAUUUUACUGUAGACCCGUAGAUGUUCAUUUAUUUUGUUGUUCGCUUUGCACUGGGCUUUUUCCUCCAAAACUUUCACCCUUUCUAUCUCGUUCUCUUUCUCAGAAAUGAUGUUGUGACGUAGUUAGAGUAAAAAUAUUUGUAGAUUAUUAUAAUUACCAUUAAAAUGCGUGCACACACAUUGUGUAUAUUCUCAAAAUAUUCAUUUUCUUGUUUAGAAAAAAACAAACAAACAAACAAACCAACCAACUAUAGAUAUGAAUCCAAAUAUAUUUAUCUUGAUUGUAUGCUUAAAACUCCAGUUAUGGAAUACAAAUGCAAAACCACAGAUCAAAAACCUAUCAAUAAACCGAAAUUGAAUGAUCAAUUAAAAAUCAGGGACAAACCACCAUAGCUCAUCCCAAGAAAGGCUCAUGGUUGAGCCAUGAUGGCUCAUCCCGAACAAAUUGAGAAUGCAAAAGAAGAUACAAAUGAUAGUCUGAAAAUUACAAAAAAAAAAAACAAUUUGACAAAGUGCAAGGUGUGCGUUACUUGUUAAAUGAAUAUUUUAUAUAGGAAAAGGACGCACGUUUACUUCAGAACAACGAUUUCAAAUGCUAGAUGGUAUUUGACUUCCAACAUGUUUGUUUAAUUGUGUGAGAUAUCCAUUUUGGUCUCUCACACCAAUCUUUUACAUUAUGCAUAUUCAAGUAUUUAAAUGAAAAAUAUGUGUAGUUUCCAAUCGGAAUGUAUUUUUUAACACAUCGUUUAUUCAUUUUGCCCAAACAAAACCCCGCCCCGCUCACACCUAAUACAUAUUCAAAUGUUUGUUGCACAUCUUAUUUAACACAUAUUCCUGUUAACUAAUGGCUUAACAAUGCACCCGAAAUUGAAGUAUAUUUAUUAUUUCUGAUAUAAGUACAAGCAGUUUAUCACUUGAAGUAAAUAACACAAAAAUUUAAGAAAUUCUAAUCGAAACUCGAGCCCAUCGACAAUAUUAAAAAAGAAGAAGAACAAAUCAAGUCAAAAACAAAACUUAAGUACAGACCUAAAAUCGGUUCUAAAUCCAAGUUGUGACCAACAGAAUAAAUAUAUCAAAAUAUAUAUUUGAUAAAAUUUGAAAUAGAGGGAGAGAGAGAGAGAGCAAAAUAAUAUUUUACCUGUCAUAUCAAAUCAAAAAUAACACUGUAUACACGCUGUUUCAAUCAUUGUUAUUAUGAUAUAAAUGAUAUUAUUUUGAUUUGAAAGAUGUAUGCAAUCAUCCAAAUGAACAAAAGAACGACCGUUCAUCGGUUGAAUAUGUCAUGCAUAACAGCCCGAGAUAUAACCAGUGGCUAAUCUAUAUCAAGUUCAGACAAUGUUCGAGGCAAAUCCAAGUGAUUGUCACUUCGGAACAAAAAGUAGAAAACAUCAGGGACAUUGAUAGGCCAAGCUGAAUCAUAACCGAAUCUCAUCAUUCUUUUAUUUCAUCAUCGGUUGCAGCAAUGCAAUGUCAUACACACACAGACAAAAUGCAAACAAAAAUCCAAAAAAUACACCAAUAUUCAUAUGGCGAAAAGAAUGUUCAAAUUAUAAAGUUAUUCUUAAGGAUAAAUAAAGACAAAUGAAAUACAUUUUAUUCGAGAAAA